AUGCGGUUUUUAAAAUCUUUGACGUAUGCAAGCGCUGGCGCUGGUUUAGCUGGUAUAUGUGGUGUUGUUCUGUAUGGCCCAGACGAAGUCAAACGUCAAUUAACAUCCAAUGGUUUGGUGCGAGUUGGAAGGGCAGCUCGGGUGGUGAGUUGAUAUUAAUCAGUAAGGUUAUUAAUUUAGAGCUUUUAACACGAAGCCUAAAAGCAUUUUGCACUAGGACAACAGAACUUGUAAUUGUGUUUGGCUUGUAAGGUUUGUGUAAAUCAAGAAGAGAUUAAGAUGUGUCCAGCAAAGACCACAGGCAGACCACCCUCUGUUGCUGAGGUUCCAAAAAUAUUUGUACAGAUUUGAACAUAAAUGUUAAAUUAGUCAUGUGUUUGGGUUUUUUGCCGUCCCAAGCUGUUUAAAGCAUUUUUUUCAGAAAUAAUUAUUUGAUCAUUGGCUAGAAAUUUCUGAGGAGAUGGAGCAACUACAGGAUACAGGGGCCAUAUCUUAGAAAUUCCAACCAGCCAUGAAGUCUUGUACACAAAGUCUUGCACGUUCUUGUUUUGCCAAAAGGAUGCUUUCCAAAAUACGGAUUUUUUGCACUUGAAAUAUCAGUCUAAGUGAAAAAAUUUGACACAGCAUGUUUGUAAAGAUUUUCCAAGUUUCAGUUGAUGAGGGAAUGGGUAAAUAAAGUAAACUUGUCAAGUUUUCAACUAAAAAACUUGUUCAAAUUUGCGCUUGCAUGAUUAACCAUGUUUACAUACUCUCAUGCAAACACACCUCUUGGCCAAUCAGAGCAUGUGUACUAUCUUAGUUGUUCUUAAACAACUUCUCCCCACUGUUUGUAUUGGAAAUUUGUAGUGCAGCAAAUGAGAAUUUAUACCUUGAUAGCAGGGCUGAAAGGGUUAAUACAUCCAUCUUAGUCCAUAAUGGCAAUUUAUUUUAUAUCAACAAGGUUGUUCUAAUCAGUUAUGACUACAAAAAGUCCCUCUGGGGAGUGGACCCAAACUCUGUUGAAUAUUCACAAGUUAAAUCUCAGGUGAGUUAAGGAAAAGGUUUGUUUUGGUGUUUACACCUCUACAUGAUAAAUUUCUGCUAUUUGAUUGCCUUAGAGUAGUAGUAUUUCAACUUAAUUUGAAAUACCUAUACGUGAAAAUUACAAACCAUUUGUGGGUAGUAGUGUAAACAAAUAUAAUGGCAUGAUUUGUAUGUGAUAUUUCAAAAUUGUCUCAAAUUUCACUCACCUAACUGCUGGUGAAAUUACGUAUAACAAUUUUGAAAUAUCACUCGUGGUUAAUGCCAAAUAUCACUACAAAUCAUGUUAUUACCUAUACAAAAUUACUGUUUAUUAACAUAUUUGCCUUAAUUUGUUUAAGCCAACUUAAGAUUAUAUUUAUUGAACACUUUUCAGUGGAUCAACAUACUAUUUUAAGAUCUUAUACAAGUAUAUCAAAAUUACAAGUUUUGCCAAAACUAUGCAUAGUCUAGGAUGACUGCUUAAGUAAUGUUAAAGCAUGAACAGUAAUGUUUAAUUAACUGUGUUAAAAAAUUGGGGUGUAAAGUGCGACAAUUUUUUGACUCAAUAAAACAAGUAACUAUCUGCUGUGAGUGUCUUGAACAGCCUCAAAACGUCUGUAAAAGUGCUAAUUAAGAAAUGUCUAAAUAACAAAGUUUAAUAUUUACUAUGGUCAAGUGUACAGUAAUGCAAAUUCAUUGUGAAACUGAGGUACACAGUUGAAUCAUGUAUAUUCCUUCCACUUAAUUCAAAAGAAACUUCCACACAGUUAACAACAGUACUUUACAAGUGGAAAGAAAUCACUUGAGGAGUGUCAUUAAGAUGAAUUUUACCAGGUGUAAAGGAAUUUGCAAAGUUAAAUCCAUGCAAUAAAUUGAACAAUAUGCCUCCUAAAUAUUCGGGAAGGUUUUGAAGUGUACAUAACACUGACAGUAAAGUAGAUCAUAAGAUCAAAAUCAAAAGUAAUUAUUUAUGAUAAUGUAAUGUACAGUCAAGCCAGUUUAAAUGUACCCACAAGAUUGUAUCAAUGAACUUAUUAUUCAAGGGUCGAAGUUGAUAGUUGUAUACUCCAGUUUCAUCUCUGGAUUUCUUCAUACGUAAUGAGCAGUGAAUUCACACGUGAGGUAGUUAUGAAAUUUCUGCCACCUCAGUUUUCCUGAAUUUGAUGUGAAUGUCUUCAAAGCAAUUUUAUCCAUUGAAAGAUUUUUCAAUUUGACCGAAUACAGAGGAGUUAUUGUGAAAAAUUCACUGCUCGUUAGUGAUGCACAAACGUAGAUUUGAUUUUGAUACUGGUUGUUGCAACAGCUAUAGGAUUCAUUUUUCAAACAUUCAGUUCAUUACUGCAAUCUUUGGGUGGGGUACACUUGACUGUAGUUUCUCUUUCUAAUUUGCUUUGAAUGUUUUGUGAAUUCCAUGUAGCAGAAAAAUUUGAUAAUAGAUUAAGAUCAGGAGUCACAUUUGGCCUUUUUUGGUGUUGAGUUCUUUUUAGACUGCAUUAUUUUUUUUUCUUUUUGACAUCAGGUUCAUUUGAGAUCUGCUUUAUGCCUUCGUGACUUGUGUUGUGUGAAUGGAGGAGCAUACAUAAAGGUUGGACAGUAUGUAGGGUCAUUAGACUACCUUCUGCCUCCUGAAUAUGUACAGACCAUGAAGGUCCUUCACAGCAAUGCACCUCAGAGCCCCUUGUGUGACAUAAAACAUGUCAUUGAGGAAGAACUCAAUGGUAAAGUGGAAAAGAUGUUUGCACAUUUUGAGGACAAACCCAUUGGAGCUGCCUCUCUUGCACAAGUCCACAAGGCAACACUACAUGAUGGAAGAGUUGUAGCGGUGAAGGUGCAGCACAGAGAUGUACAAAAACAUGCUGCUGUUGACAUAAAAACUCUUGAGGUGAAUGCUGGUUGUGUUUUACAGUUUUCAAAUGCAGUCAAACCUCCAUGGAUGACCACCUCUUGUAAGCAAAGUAAUUUUCACAAUCCCAACUUAGUCACUUUGCAUCAACCUUAUAAAGCCUUUUAACUAGGUCAUCCUGAAGUGAACUGACACAUUUGUUACACUUACUGUGGUGUAAAUCUUUCUAUUUUUAACGCUCUACAUACCUGAAUUUUCUGACCCCCCAAAUCCUGAAAAUGUGCAACCCCAUUCUAGCAUUCUAGUAACUCUUCUAAAAAUACAACUCCGUAAUAGUAAAUCCAGUCAUGAAAAUACGACCCCAUCCAGCAGCACAUCCCCAUAAGCCUACUACUAGGCCCCUGGCUCUAUAUAAGCAACCACCUAUCCAAACCGCCACCUCUUAUAAACAACCACAUCUAAUAAGCGGCUGCGAUCACUUUUUGACAUCAUGGCAUAUAAUAAUAUUAUUUUCCAUUGUUUUUAAAACCUCUUGAAAGUGACUACAUGAUGCAUGGUGUGGCAUGCAUAUAUGUUCACAGUGUAUGUACCAUGCCACUCAGAGUAUACACAGAAAUUUCAGUAACAACAUGAAAAUACAUGUAUACAUAACCUCAAAAUUGCAGGCAAUAAAUUCUCUGCCAAGAAAAAAGAUGUGUCUGAGGAUCUAUCCUUGGAAGAGAACCCCUGUGGUUGAAUUCUAAUGAUCAACCACCUCCCGUAAUCUAUUACUAAAUGUUCGCAUUUUGGGUGGUCGCUUAUGGAAAGUUCGACUGUGUUUUGGUUAGGGUCCACUGUAAUAUAAGCAAUUGUCGUAGUGUAUCAUGGUUCUUUCAGAAAUAAUUAUUUCAAAUCAUUUUUGAACCCCAGGAGGCAAGAGAAGAAGUCAAAUAAACUUCUUUCUUUUUCUUUAGUUAUGUACUCAAAUUAUAGUGCAUCUUAUUUCAUUCUGUUUCUGUAAUUACUAACAGUAAUAAAGAUAUUUACUACUUUCCUUUGAUGUAUGUCAGCAAAACUCAACUCAGCUCAGCACUUCUAAUCUGUGUUAAUCUGUCCCAGAUUGCUGAUAAUCUUACUGUAAAAUCUGUUUUGUACUUGCAAAGAAUAAGCAUUGAAUAACAGCCUCAAAUUCCAAUCUUGGGAAUUGUGAUGAAAUAAGCUGAAUCUGAUUCUGAGUUUGAAUGUUUUUAGAUUCUUGCUGAUGCAGUCAGUUGGUUGUUUCCUGAUUUCAAGUUCAAAUGGCUUGUUGAUGAAUCAAAGAAACAUCUUCCACUUGAACUGGAUUUUGAACUUGAGGGUCAAAAUGCAGAAAAAAUGAUGCAUUUUUUCAAGAAAUAUCCCUUUGUUAAGGUGGGUUUCUAAGUAAUUCAACUUCUAAAGUGAUGUUCACCAUAUCAUGAGGCUGUGGAGGCAUGACUAAUUACAGAGUGGUUAAACUUCACAUAUUGGACUUAGUUUGAAUGAUCAGUAGGCCCCAAACUGCAGACAAGAAGAUUUGUUCAACUUUUUCUCUUCACAAAGGUUUAUAACAGGUAUUGGUAACACUGCUUAGCCUGCAUCCGAGACAUAAUUUAACCCCAGUUAGUGAUGUCUGUGAAGCAGCGCCAAUAUCCUUGUCCUGGGCCCUCAACGGAAUUUAUACCAGAAGUGAGUUUUAAAUUACUUUCAUCCUUAUUGGCAAAUUGACAAUGCCUUUUUGAACAGGGUAAUCAUGGUGCAUUCUCAAAACAUGGUAAACAGGUUGGGCCAGAGUUUAGUUUUCUCUCUGGUGCAAGCUACAUACUGCUGGUAGUUAAGCAACCUAGUUUUCAGUUUUCUUUCCUACACAUCCCCAGGAGUGUUAGAGAGACUUGGGAAUAAGGUUGAGAUUAACCUGCCAUGGACUGGGCAAUUAUCUUUUGCUUUUAAGAUUCCUGAAAUUUACUGGGAGUAUUCAACAAAGCGGGUGUUAACAAUGGAGUUUUGUGAAGGAGGAAAAGUUGAUGAUUUACCUUAUAUGCAGAGUUUCAAAAUUUCUUCUGAUGAGGCAAGUAAAAAUAUUAAAACUUCUUUUUUGUUUAGAUCUCAUGUUUGGAAAAGUUUCAUGCAAAUCUACCAUAUAUACUUAGCUGUGUCUUGCUUGCUCUUAAGGCCCGCAGAUAAACUUUACCAAUGGUUAGCAUAUAAACUAUAACUAGUAAGUAAAUGAUGUGAAGGGCGUUUUGUGGUCACUACUUUUAUAAUGUCUUGCAGUGAUAAUUGUAUUAUUUCCUUUGUAUAUGCAUAUGUUGCCCAUUUUCCUUUGUAAGCGCAGAUGCUAAAAAGAUUCAAAAUCAGACCAGGGAAAAUAGAAAAUAUGAUACAGCGACGCUGAUUCCCGUGCGUAACUAAAAAAACCGGUUUCAUGGAGUCAUGGGUUCAAGUCCCAGGGGAAACCGAUAUGUUUUUCCUUUGUUCUGCUUCCAUACUAGGCCAAAAUAACCUCCUCUCUCAUAAGAAAAAUCAUUCUGGAACAGUUACUUCACAUUUAGGAUGGUCAGUUAGACAAAAGCUUUUGUGUAAAAUUGGCCUAAAUUUAAUCAGUAAAAAGUUACUUGAAAAAGUUGUUCCAAAUUCCUGGCAGGCAGCAUUAAAUGGAGCAGUGUUUAAAAAUGUCUUGGAACAGGUGUGUACUUGUUUGAUUCUCUUCUUCAUUUUUACUUUGACACUAUGAAACAAGCAGCAGCGCAAAAUAUCCGGUUAACGUUACCGUAGAAUUUGUGGCAUCUCCUCACCAGAGGGAAAAAAUGAAUCAAGUUUAGAACUCAGCCUGUGGGACUCUUGACAUUAGGGAGCUUAAGCAAAGGAAUUUUUUUAGCGACGUGCACAUCCACCGGAAGUGAGGUCUUUUCCAUUUUUAUAUGCCUUGAUGCUAACAAAUUUGUAUUGCUAAGUGUCUCUAAUCCUAUAAGACGUUUUGCCCGGUAAUUUGGGCAAAACCAUUGCCUAAGGAUGCAAAAAGUCCACCUCCGAUUGAUGUUCAGCACUCAAAAAUGUCUGCCAAAGCUGCCUGUUGGUGUAUUUGGAGUGGGGCAUGUGGGGUUCAGCUGUUUUCUAUCUGGUUUGUUUAACUGUUGAUAUGCCCUCAUUUCAGAUUGCACAUAAGCUUGGUAUUCUAUAUAGUGAGAUGAUAUUUGUUAAUGGGUACGUUCACUGUGAUCCACAUCCGGGUAAUAUUCUAGUUCGGCGCAGUCCAAAGCGUGGAGUAGAGAUUGUCUUCUUAGACCAUGGAUUGUAUCAGGUGCGUCCUCUAAUACCUUUGUUACACCCAAAAUGACCGUCUCAUUCAAUAGCGCGGGGGAAAACUCACGAUCUGUUUGGGGUGUCAAAGGGUGAAGACUAGAAAUCUCAUGUGCGUGCUGUUCAAGUGCAAAACCCCUUUCCUUACGCGUUUAAAAGCCUUAAACAAGAGAGGACAUACAAUGUAAAAGAUCACGCUCACAAGCUAUGUUACCCCUUAUGCCGUAGCCUGCGUGGCAGGCGUUUGAAAGGAGAGAGAAAGGGGAUUCUGGGCGCACGAGAAGCGCGAAAAGCGCGUGAGGGGAAGGGGAGGGUUUCCCUCCUCUCUUCUCCCUUGCACGCGGUCUUGCACCCAAAUUUCCUUCUCCCUCCCUUUCGAACGCUAGCCUGCGUUGCCGGCCCAAGUAUCGUCUAGACCAUUUGUAUAUACAGAAGGUUUAGAGUGUCUGUGACGUAGGCUAUCAAACACCUGUCACGCAGACUUCUUAUGCCGCAGCACUGCGAUCUCUUAAAGGCAAACCAUUAUCAUAAUUGUAGAGCCUUGCCACAGGCUAGGGCCACCUGAAAAUAUUUUCAUAAAAAUUUUCGGGUCCUGUUGUAUGUUGUUGUUGUUUUUUUUUGGCUUUUUUUCUCCGGCCUCUUUGACUGAAUCGUGCUCAUUGUGGUAUGGCCAAAAGUGUAGUACGCAACAACCAAAUAUGAAUGUUCCAAGUAUAUCAUAAGCAUGCUGCCAAAUCAACUGUUCUUUGAGUGAAUUUGUGUGUGGGGAAAACAAAAACUGAUUGAAAUUUGCUUCUAUUCUUCCCAGACAUUAUCGAGUGAUUUUCGCGUGCAGUACUGUAAGAUGUGGCAGGCCCUUAUCAGGUCAGACAUUGAUGGUGUAAAGCAGAGCAGUGAAGCAUUAGGUGUAGGAGAGAUGUAUGGUUUACUGGCUUGCAUAUUAACAGCUAGAUCUUGGGAUGUUGUCACAACUGGAAUCGACCAGGGUCCAGUUACUGAUCAUGAGGUAUGUUUUAGGGUGUUGUAUGUCUGAGUUGAUUUCUUAGUCGUCAUUUGACAUUCUCUAUCCUGCAAUGCAGGCAUACGUUUGGGCAAGCGAAAGUUUCUUCAGAGAGACAACGUCCCCUAGAAUUUUCUGAUAAACGUAUCGCUACUCCAUGUCCUCGAACUUCGGCCUGGUGCUUUCAGGGUAGUUUCGGAUAAGACGAAAAAGCCCCAGUUUGAACGUCGUACUAUUCAUGUAGCGAGUUUAAUACCCAUUUAGGUCGACCGAAAUGAUAUAUAUGAUAUAUUCAGACGUCGAACUUGAUUGGUGCGACUCCAUUCAUUUUCACGAGUUAAAAUGGUCUACAAUGCUUACCAGUGAAAAUAGAUUAUAGUAAUUUAUGUAAAUUAGUUUCGGCGCAUGAGAAGUUUGAAACCAAGUCGCUCGAGAGAUUCCCAUGUGGGCCACUCGAUCUUAAUUCAUGGGUCGACCCAACUUAGAUAUGUCGAACUUAGUUGAUUCAAGCGUCGAUCUUUUUAUGUACUUAAUCGAAGGGAUUAGAGUCGAUGAAUGAAAAGUUCGACGUUUGGUCGUGACGACCAAAGUUCCCCCAAGACACCCUAACGGAUAAAUAGUUUUAAGGGAAGCUCCGAACUAGCCAAACAGGCUUGUAGAAAACCAUCUGAGACACUUCUGACGUAUUUGGAAACAUUCGGUCGUUGGGUGCCCCUGUUUUCUUUCGAUUUCUUUCAUUAUGCCAUGGCCGCCAUCUUUGAUUUUGUCACUCGGGAGCUCGGAAAUCGGACGAAGGACUUUUUUGUAAGUCUCAGUUGCCCAGACUGCUAAGUUAAACAACAUCUGUUAACUUUUGAACUCAAUCACUCUCCAAACACGCCCUUUUCUAUGUAAAUUCGUAUGCUUAAGAAGGAUACUCUAAACAGUGACGAAAUGACGUCAGUAUAUGUGAUCGACUGUGUAAGAGACAAUGUGAACUGCGGAUGAAGCAGGUGAAUGUUAAUCAAUAGGAUUUGGAAGAACUUCAGUGACUAGCUAAAAUGGCCAUGGUGUUGCCUGGAACAAAGUGCGAUUUUUUCUCAGAGAAUUCUUUUUUUAUUCUCCCUUAACAGGCAGAGCUUAUCCGAGAAAGCGCCGCAACUUACGUGACGCAAAUAAAUGAACUUCUGAACCGAGUACCCAGGCAAUUGCUGCUGUUACUCAAGACUAAUGACCUAUUACGGAGUAUAGACUACAGACUCAAGACUAGUGCCACGUCUUGCUCGUUUAUUACAAUGUCACGCUGCUGUAUCCGCGCUGUUACUAAGCAACGCCUGCAGCACUGCAGCAGCUGGAGGGACUGGUUCCUAAUUCAGGCUGAUUCUACCUUCAGCCAUUUUCGAAUCACUCUUUAUCAAGUAUAUGUUUCUAAUGUAGUUACAUCGCUUAGAAGUCUUAUUUCUAGGAUAAUGAAUGGACUGCACUUUCUUUGAUGUCAGAACAGUACUAAUCUUUUUUGUCUAUCAAUGUCAUUACAGUGGUGCUGAAUCUAAAAUUCUCUCGGUUUGAUUUCGUUUGGACAUGUAAUCGGAAAUAAAACCGUAACAAAUUGAAACAUACUCGCCGAAUGUGGUUCUUUACUGAAUUUAUUUUGAAUUGAAUUUUCAAUGUUUCCUGUGAUCAGUUUUAUUGACGGAAAUGUCAGUAGACGUUGUCUGUUGUUCUAGCUCAUUAUCUUCAGUUGGCAGAAAAACGUUUGAUAUCUGAAAGGGGCUUAAUUUUUGCACAUUCCGUUGAAAGUUGGACGUUUUUCGAAGUCAUACUUAAUUUACGAGCAAGAGUGUCUUUAUCAAGUCUAGAAAAAUGACCAUUAUUUUGACCAAUUUUAACGAUUAUGCAAAUUUGCGGUUAUCACUUUAACUUCAAUUUCUAAAUUUUAGUGACAAGGUAAUUCACACUACUCCAUCAGAAAUGACUCCCAAACAGCACAAUGUUCUUUUUAUCGAGUGAAUAGUCUCUUUUACAUAGUUAAAUAUUUAUGUUUUAAAUGAGUUAUUUAAUAUAUACUACUGACAUACAAGACCAUUUGUGAAGUUAUGUUUGGGGUUAAUAUAAGGUGAAAUAAAAU